AUGGCGCCUUCAACGAAACUCACGCUGGACAAGCUUGCCACCUUCGACGACAUCAUCACUGACGCGCUUGUCGACAAGCUGUACUUCUGGGCUAAGAUUCGCAAGAACAGAGGCGGCCGAUUCACGGGAUCAAGGGGGCUACACGAGGAAGACGUUGCCGACAUCAUCCGGCAACACGUUGUCUGGGAGAAGGACCCAGCCGAGGCAGUGCACAAGUUAUUGCAGUUGCCAGGACUGCGCAGGUUCGUCAACAGUCUGAAGGAUGAGCGGGAUCAGGACCAAUUCAGACGACAUCUCCGGAGAUAUGUCAACAUCUACAUGUCAGAUUGCCAGUUCGAGGUCACUACCACCAACCGCUAUAUGAUUACCGAACACGAGGCUUCCAUCACCGCGCGAAGAGACAUCAACCCCCGCGAGGAGAUCAAGUACUUGACCGGAGUGCAAGUGGCAAUGACAGAGGAGCAAGAGAAGGUCUUGGAGCUGGCGCGCAAGGACUUCAGUCUGGUGAUCUCCAGUAGGAAGAAAACGCGCUCGUUGUUCCUAGGCCCCGCGCGCUUCGCCAACCACGAUUGCGACGCCAACGCAAAGCUCACAACCAAGGGCUAUGAUGGCAUGCAGAUUGUUGCAGUGAAGCCCAUUCUUGAAGGAGAGGAGAUUACAGUCUCCUAUGGCGAGGAUUAUUUUGGUGACGAUAACGAAGAGUGCUUGUGUAAUACUUGCGAAAGUCUCCAGCAAAACGGCUGGGCGCCCAUGAAGCGAGUUGAACUCAACAACGGCGAGAAUGAAGAUCAGAUGCAGGUCACAGACGAAGUACAUACAGACGACACCGCCUCCGAAACUAUCUCUUCUUCCGCCAAGAGGCCACGAGUUGACUCUACAGAAGAGGAUCCUUCGCGCGACUCGACACCAGCCCCGAAACGUGCAAGAUUCGAGCAAAAGAGUUCACCAAACAAGCAGCACACAUCCAAUCUCCUUCGGAAAACGACGCUCAAGAAGGCACACAGCACAUCGUCGUUGCGCCAGGAACUCCCAGUGUCGAGUGUCGAAGACCCGGCGACCAGCUUGGAGGAAUCGCCAGGAAAAUCGCACGAGAAUCGCAACCAGCAGCAUGAGGGCCUUGUGACAGUAAACACGGAUUUGAUCAGCUCGUCACGGGAACCGUCCCCACAGUCAUCUAUAGCGGCGGCCUCACCCAAGUCGACUCAUUCGUCUACAGAUGCUACAUCGAUAGACGAAGAUCAUGCACAUGAAGUUAGCGAUCACAAGGAGAAGGUCGAUCCUCAGACGAUACAAGAUCGCCCAGCGCUUGGGGUGGCCAUAGUGAAGGAGGAAAUUACUACGACAACGGUAAACGCCCCGUGGCCCUCCCCGCCUGCAGACGAAGACGCAUACAUGUCCGAUCUCAGCGAACUUUCUGAGAGCUUCGAAUUUGACGACGUGAACCAGCAGAUUGUCAAGCGCAAGCCUCGACCUACUCUACGCACGACACGUUCCAAGUCGCGCUUCGACGUUCAGAACCGCGUCGGGACGCCGAUUACGAUCGAAGAGGGGGACGAAGCCGAUUAUGUCGAGAAUACACGAAAGCCAGGUGACUACAUGACAUCAAACGCUCUUCUCUCAGCCAAAUACUCCAAGUGGGUUAAUUGCCAAACAUGCGACACAGAUUUCGUUCAGCAGGACGGCUACAACACGCGUAAAGAGUGCCCACGAUGCGAGCGCCAUUCGAAGCUCUAUGGCUUUCCCUGGCCCAAGACUGAAAGAGAAGGCAAGCACGACAAAGAGGAGCGCAUUCGCGACCACCGCACUGUUCAUCGCUUCGUCGACCCGGAUCAAGAGCGCCAACUGAAGCGCGAUAAGACUAAGAAGGUCAUCCGAGAGCAUAUCCGCGAACGCUUUUCAACACCGAGGAGUGCGAGGGAUACCAUGAGCUCAAGUAUAGAGGUUGAUAGUGGGAGAAAGAGGAGGCGUGUGAGGAAGACAAUGUAA